AAUAACUCAAAUCCGAUUAUCUCAAAAUAAUUCUAUGUCCAAACAUGACAACCUCAAAAUCUCAAGAUCAAAUCUUUAAAAUUUUCUCUGAUAUCAUAAAAUCUCCAAAUACACUCUAGCUUGCAAGAGCAGGAUUUAUUUCUAAAAUCUAUGUCAAUCUCGAAAUGGCUAGCCUUCUUACUCGUCACUUCCCGUGGUUUCCCCGUCCUCAGUUUCACUUCCUGAAAUGAUGGACAAGGAAAACUAUGAGAUAAACUCAGUAAAUAAUUAUGGAUAGCCCUUGGGUAGAACUUUUAGCAUGCCAGAUAAACCAUGUAAGUAUAACAAAACUUUCACUGAUAAACCGUUAAUGCGGAAAUCAAAUUCGGUUCAAUAGCAAAACGUUCAAUGACAAAAGCGUCAAUGCAAAAUCAGAUUCAGUUCAAUAACAAAACGUUUCCUGACAAAUCGUUAAUGCAAAGUCCCGUUCAGUUCAAUAACAGUGUUUCAUGACAAACCGUUCAUGCAAAAUAAAUCUCAUCAGUAGUCUCAUCUAUAAGUCAUGACCAGUGUUACAACAACCCAUUGGCAGGUGACAGAAAUUUGCCAAUGUAUUCGCCCAGAGGCCAGCAUCAGAAUGAACCGGUCAUAUCAGUAAACAUGUCGACAUGUGCUAGCGUUACACCCACUAGCGGGGAUCAGGGAUGCUACACACCCACUAGCGGGGAUCGGAAGUGCUAGCGUUACACCCACUAGCGGGGAUCAGAAGUGCUACACACCCACUAGCGGGGAUCGGAAGUGCUAGCGUUACACCCACUAGCAGGGAUCAGGGAUGCUACACACCCACUAGCGGGGAUCGAAAAUCAUGACCAUAUCAGAGACAAAACCAUGCAGGAUUCACAAUCAAAAUUUGUAAUUCAC